AUGGAAAUGAAUCACAUUUUAUUCUUGUCUACUUUUACCAUCACAAAUUUUCUACUACUACCACAUGUUCUAUGUCUAGAUCAAGGUAAUUCUCUUGCACCUUCGUUUGUCACAAAGGAAAUCUACAAGCAGCUUGAAGGUCUCACUACCACUUUAACAAAAGAUAUCAAACAAGAUUUAGGUUUCUGCAUACAAGAUGUGAAUAAAGAUUGGGAGGAAGCCUUUAAUUUUAAGGGGGAAUUGGAUUUUGUAGAGGCUUGUGUUAAGCAAAAAGGUGAUUUUACUGAUAGAGUUUGUACCACUGCUGAAAUAAGGAACUACUUUCAGAGUUUUUUCCUAGAAGGAGGCACAUCUGCGAGUUACGUGAAACCGAACAAAAAUUGCAACUUGACUUCAUGGGUUUCUGGUUGUGAGCCGGGUUGGAGUUGUAGUGCUGAUCAAAGAAUUGAUCUCAAAAAUGAUACAAAGGAUGUUCCUUCUAGAACCAAUGACUGUCAACCAUGUUGUGAAGGGUUUUUCUGUCCUCAGGGAUUAACUUGCAUGAUAACAUGUCCACUUGGUUCUUAUUGUCCACUUGCUAAAUUGAACGAAACAACUGGAGUAUGCGAUCCAUAUAGUUAUCAAAUUCCUGCUGGAGACACAAACCAUACUUGUGGUAGUGCUGAUAUCUGGUCUGGUGUUGUGAACAAUAGUAAUAUCUUUUGUUCUCCGGGAUCAUAUUGUCCGUCUCCCACGCGCAAAGUUUCUUGCGAUGAAGGAUAUUACUGCAGGAUGGGUUCAACUCAUCAAAAUCGAUGCUCCAAGUUGAGUAGCUGCAAUCCAAAUACAUCAACCCAAAACAUGCAUGCUUACGGCGCUUUGAUUAUUGUUGGUAUGAGUACAACUCUGAUCUUCAUUUAUAACUGUUCUGAUCAAGUUCUAGCUACUAGAGAAAGAAGGAAGGCUAAAUCAAGAGAAGCUGCAGCAAAACACGUAAGAGAAACGGUACAAGCUCGUGAAAGAUGGAAACAAGCAAGAGAGUUUGCUAAGAAAGGUUCAGCUGGAUUGCAGAAGCAGAUGUCUCGAACCUUUUCACGCAAGAAAUCCAAUAAGCAAGGAGAUAUAAUUCCACCAACGCCUCCAGAUUCGUCAAGCAAACCAGGGCAAGCAGCGAAAGCCAAAAACAAGGAGCCUAGCGAUCUUACUAAAAUGAUGCAUUCCAUUGAGGACGAUGGACCUGAAGGAUUUGAUUUUAAGAUUGGUGAUAAGAACAUUAAAAAGCAAAUGCCGAAGGGAAAAAAUUUACACACUCAUAGCCAAAUUUUAAGGUAUGCUUAUGGCCAGAUUGAGAAGGAGAAAGCUCAGCAAGAACAAAACAAGAACAUGACAUUCUCGGGACUAAUUUCAAUGGCCUCUGAAGGUGAGGAAGUAAAAUCAAGACCUUCGAUUGAGGUAGCUUUCAAUAAUCUAACCCUUACUUUGAAAGGUAAAAACAAGCACAUACUCAGGUGUGUGAGUGGUGAAUUCAUGCCUGGUCGAGUUUCGGCUGUUAUGGGACCCUCGGGAGCUGGAAAAACAACAUUUCUUUCAGCUUUGGCCGGAAAAGCAAGAGGGUGCAAUCAGUCGGGAUCAAUUCUAGUUAAUGGAAAAAAUGAAUCCAUUCACUCUUAUAGGAAAAUUACUGGUUUUGUACCACAAGAUGAUAUCGUGCAUGGAAACUUGACAGUAGAGGAAAAUCUUCGUUUCAGCGCAAGAUGCAGGCUCCCUGCAGACAUGCCCAAACCAGAUAAGGUUCUGAUAGUUGAAAGAGUGAUUGAGGCCUUAGGGCUACAGCCAGUAAGGGAUUCUCUAGUUGGGACGAUAGAGAAGAGAGGCAUAUCCGGAGGACAAAGAAAACGUGUAAAUGUCGGACUAGAGAUGGUGAUGGAGCCUUCAUUAUUAAUCUUAGAUGAACCUACAACUGGUUUGGACAGCGCAUCGUCAAGUUUACUUCUUAAAGCGCUUCGCCGUGAAGCUCUUGAAGGUGUAAACAUCUGCAUGGUACUUCACCAACCAAGCUAUACUUUGUUCAGAAUGUUUGAUGAUAUAGUAUUUCUAGCCAAAGGUGGUCUUACAGCAUAUCAUGGUCCUGUGAAAAAAGUGGAAGAAUACUUUGCUGGCAUUGGAAUCCCGGUACCGGAUCGUGUCAAUCCUCCAGACCAUUUCAUUGAUAUUCUUGAAGGUUUAGAGAAACCAACUUCUGGUGUAACUAUUGAAACACUUCCUGUGAGAUGGAUGCUUCAUAAUGGAUAUCCAGUACCACCUGAUAUGCUUCAUUUGACCGAUCAAAUUGCCGCUCCUUCAUCUGCUGCCUCGGAUGCAACUAGCACAUCAAAGGGUGUUGAGGAAACUUCUGAUGAAUCCUUUUUUGUAGAGUUUUGGGAGGAUUUGAAGAGCAAUAUUAGGACGCAACGAGAUCGAAUAGAAGCGAUCUUCUCAAGAACAAAGGAUUUGUCUGGCCGAGUAACUCCUAAUGUAGCCCACCAAUAUAGAUACUUCGUUGGCCGGGUUGGCAAGCAGCAGUUGAGAGAAGCAAAACUACAAGCAGUCGACUAUCUCCUUUUAUUGGUCGCCGGCGCUAUCUUAGGAACUCUUACCAAAGUAAACGAUGAAACUUUCGGAUCCCUUGGUUAUACAUAUACAGUCAUUUCUGUUUCUCUACUUUGCAAGAUUGCAGCACUCAGAUCAUUUACUAUGGAUAAGUUACAAUACUGGAGAGAAAGUGCAGCUGGGAUCAGUAGUCUAGCCCAUUUUCUCGCAAAAGAUACGAUCGAUCUUUUUAGUACAAUCACCAAACCUGUAGUUUAUCUCUCCAUGUUCUUUUUUUUAAGUAAUCCAAGAUCAACUUUUGGAAGUAAUUAUAUAGUUUUGGCUUGUUUGGUGUAUUGUGUCACUGGCAUGGCUUAUGCAUUAGCCAUCUUCUUUCAACCUGCUCCUGCUCAGCUGUGGUCAGUGCUUGUUCCUGUUGUUAUGACUCUCAUUGCCAACCAGACUAGAGAUACUACAUUUAUGAAGAUCCUAGUACAGUUUUGCUAUCCGAAAUGGGCUUUGGAGGCUUUUAUCAUUGCAAAUGCUGAAAGGUACACUGGGGUAUGGCUGAUAACUCGUUGUAGUUCACUGAUGAGCGGUAGUUAUAAUGUCAACUCGUGGAAUGUUUGUCUAAUUGUCCUCGUUUUGUAUGGAAUGAUUGCCCGAGUUGUAGCCUUCAUUUGUCUGGUAAUUUCCCAAAAGAGGUGA